AAAAAUUUCGGGGCCGAGGACUUUGGAUUGAAGCAAUUCGUUCAUUUUUGUUGAUUGACAACGGUCACUGAACGGUGGGAUAUCGUACGGCGACUGUCCGACUGCUCGAUCCAGCCCGCCGGCCGACGCGUGUAAUUCCUCACGAACCACCCACAGCACUGCUUGUCCUGUCCGUGGACUCGACCCAUUGCUCAAACCGCACACGCGGACUCGGCCGUUUGUUUUUGCUGCGAGAUCGCUUUGGUUCGAGGCUGGAGUGUGGGGGGGCGCCUCGACACCAACACCACAACCGCACCACACCGAUACGGACACGCAUAUAUAUAUUAAACACAGCUCGGCGCAAUGGCGGACUCCGCAGCGCAAGGAGAUGAUGGCCAGUAUGUCAUCAAGCCGCAGACCACGGUGCCGUCGCUCGACACGAGCACCUGGCCGCUGCUGCUCAAGAACUACGACAAGAUGCUCGUGCGGUCCGGCCACUUCACACCCAUCCCCAACGGCUCGUCGCCCUACAAGCGGGACCUCAAGUCCUACAUCUCGAGCGGUGUCAUCAACCUCGACAAGCCGUCCAACCCUUCGUCGCACGAGGUUGUUGCCUGGCUGAAACGGAUACUUCGUGUUGAGAAGACUGGCCACUCCGGCACUCUCGACCCCAAGGUCACUGGCUGUUUGAUCGUCUGCAUCGACCGUGCCACCCGCCUCGUCAAGGCCCAGCAGAGCGCCGGCAAGGAGUACGUGGCCGUCAUUCGGUUUCACGACACCGUCCCCGGCGGCGAGCCCGCCUUCGCCAAGGCGCUCGAGACGCUCACCGGCGCCCUGUUCCAGCGCCCGCCGCUGAUCUCGGCCGUCAAGCGCCAGCUGCGCAUCCGCACGAUCCACGAGAGCAAGCUGAUCGAGUUCGACAACGACCGCCACCUCGGCGUCUUCUGGGUGUCGUGCGAGGCCGGCACCUACAUCCGGACGCUCUGCGUGCACCUGGGUCUGCUGCUCGGCGUGGGUGCGCACAUGCAGGAGCUGCGCCGCGUGCGCAGCGGCGUCAUGUCGGAGGACGACGGCUCGAUGGUGACGCUGCACGACGUGCUCGACGCCCAGUGGCAGUACGACAACAGCGGCGACGAGUCGUACCUGCGCAAGGUCAUCCAGCCGCUCGAGACGCUGCUGUGCACGUACAAGCGCCUGGUGGUCAAGGACUCGGCCGUCAACGCCGUCUGCUACGGCGCCAAGCUGAUGCUUCCGGGCCUGCUGCGCUACGACGCCGGCAUCGACGCGCACGAGGAGGUCGUCCUCAUGACCACCAAGGGCGAGGCCAUCGCCAUCGGCAUUGCGCAGAUGAGCACUGUUGAGAUGUCCACCUGCGACCACGGCGUCGUCGCCAAGGUCAAGCGCUGCAUCAUGGAGCGCGACCUGUACCCGCGCCGGUGGGGCCUCGGUCCCGUCGCGACGGAGAAGAAGAAACUCAAGGCGGACGGCAAGCUCGACAAGUACGGCCGGCCGAACGAGGCCACGCCGGCCGCGUGGACGCAGAACUACACCGACUACAGCGCGGCCGCCGAGGCUGCCGCCAGCAGCGCAGCCGCCCCUGAAGCAGCAGCAGCAGCAUCCCCGGAAAAGAAGGCGCCCGAGGCGGCGGCGGCAGCGGCGCCCGCGGCGGUAGCGGAGGAGAAGGCGGACGACGACAAGAAGAAGCGCAAGAAGCACGAGGGCGAGACGGCCGAGGAGAAGGCGGAGCGGAAACGGCUAAAGAAGGAGAAGAAGGAGAAGAAGAAGGCGGAGAAGGGCAAGGAGGCGGAGAAGGAUGACAGUGAUUAAUGAAGGUGAUGGGGAGGAGGAGGACGAAGCUAAAGGCUAAUCGGUGAGUGUGCUGUUACUUCGCUUUCUUCCCUCCUGUCUUCCAUCCUUCUCUCGUCUCUGUGUCUGGUGUGUGGAUGAAG